UUCAAGCAAUCUAGCCUUGCCGGUGGCGUCCGGACAACCCGAGUCCCCCCCAAGCCCCUUCCGUAUGAAAGGAAUAACUUCCCCGAGGAUUUCUGUGGUUCUUUGCUCUUGGGCUUGGAGAGAGAUCUUGCCUCUGAAGUCCCGCCGUGUCUUUCGGGAUUCUCUUUUUUUUAAUUUCUUUAUUAUUAUUUUUUAAGAAACAAAAUUAUUGCAAGCAACACUUGUAAAUAAAGCGCCCAAUCCCCGGGCAACACAAAGUGGUUCUAAGGAGUGUAACUUAAGCUGCUCUGAAAGCGAAAACAAAAUCCCCCCAGCCCCGGCUCAGCUUGCCUCGGGCAGCCUGGAUCGCCAGCCCAGAUGGAGAUACACUGUAAGCACGACCCGUUUGCAGCGAUGCAUAGACAUGGAGGAGUGAAUCAAUUAGGGGGUGUUUUUGUGAAUGGUCGGCCGCUGCCUGAUGUUGUUCGCCAAAGGAUUGUGGAACUUGCCCAUCAAGGUGUCCGACCUUGCGACAUCUCCAGGCAAUUGCGAGUCAGCCAUGGCUGUGUCAGCAAAAUUCUUGGCAGGUAUUACGAGACUGGAAGCAUUAAGCCUGGAGUUAUUGGAGGUUCAAAGCCAAAGGUUGCCACGCCCAAAGUAGUAGAAAAAAUAGCAGAAUAUAAACGGCAAAACCCUACCAUGUUUGCUUGGGAGAUCAGGGACAGACUUUUAGCAGAAAGAGUGUGUGAUAAUGACACAGUGCCCAGCGUUAGUUCAAUUAACAGGAUUAUUCGGACAAAGGUGCAGCAACCACCUAACCAGCAAGUCCCAGCCUCAAGUCAUAGCAUAGCCUCCACAGGUUCUGUGACGCAGGUGUCUUCAGUAAGCACAGACUCAGCUGGCUCCUCCUACUCGAUUAGUGGAAUUCUGGGAAUUACUUCUCCCAGUGCUGAAAGCAACAAACGCAAAAGAGAGGAAGGUAUUCAGGAAUCUCCUAUACCAAAUGGCCAUUCGCUUCCGGGUCGAGACUUCCUUCGGAAACAAAUGCGGGGAGAUCUUUUCACUCAACAACAAUUAGAAGUAUUGGAUCGAGUUUUUGAAAGACAGCAUUAUUCCGACAUCUUUACGACAACUGAACCCAUCAAACCAGAGCAGUCAACAGAAUAUUCAGCCAUGACAUCACUAGCUGGUGGAUUAGACGAAAUGAAGGCCAAUUUAACAAGCCCUACAUCAACAGAUAUAGGUGCCAGUGUCCCAGGACCACAAUCAUAUCCUAUUGUGACAGGUCGUGAUUUGGCAAGCACAACCCUCCCUGGAUACCCUCCACACGUCCCCCCUGCUGGACAGGGCAGCUACUCUGCUCCAACGCUGACAGGGAUGGUGCCUGGGAGUGAGUUUUCUGGAAGUCCCUACAGUCACCCACAAUAUUCAACAUACAAUGAUUCCUGGAGAUUUCCUAACCCUGGAUUGUUAGGUUCUCCUUACUAUUACAGUGCUGCAGCCCGUGGAGCCGCACCCCCAGCAGCUGCUGCUGCUUAUGAUCGUCACUGACAAAACAAACCAAGAAGCACAUUCACCACAUCACGUCUGACGACACCACUGGAAUCACCUAGAGCGCAACUACUGAAAUCGAGCUAUAAGGAACGAUAAGAGAAAUUGUCCAACCAACCCACGCAAUGUUUAGAAUAUUAUUCUUUCAGCUAGGUGAACAGCUUAUUACUUCAGUGUUUUUGAUUAAUGGAUUUUUUAGAGAUCUUAAUUGAAUUUUCCAUUAAAAAAACCAGGGCAAACAAAGAAUUAGUUUUGCUCACCUUUCCUGCAGUUUUUGAAAUGCAGUAGCCCUGUCUAACAUGCGGUCUUCUUGCUUUGGACUGACAAGCUAUAUCUAGUUCCUUUAGCCAUGCUGGGGAAUAGGAACAUUUCUAAUGCUGAACAAUUCCCUAUGGGGUAUCUCUUUAAUGUGUGCAUUGUAAUACAACAUGUAGUUCCAGCUUGGACAGCACGAAUUGGGUCUUAAUUCAGUGAGUGGGCAUUAAAGACAAAAGAAAAACAAAUGUUCUACUCAAACAGCAAAGCACCAAUGUAAAUAACUUAUUUGUGUUACUAUAGAGUGGUUUAGCAUAAGUCAAAUACAUGGAACAAAGGAUGAUCUUAAAAUACAUUGGAAAAAUGUGUUCUGAUAAUGGUGCACUGACUUUAAAACUUCAGUAAGCUUUAAAACAACUCUAAACCAGGUUAAUAUUAACUGGCCAUUUCUGGGGCUGAUGUUCUUUCUAGAAAAACUGUUUUGACAGUCAGGUAAGCAUUUGGUAAUGAAACUAUGAGCCUAUUACCACUGUUUUAACUGUUAAAUAUUAUGUUUAUUUCUAAUCACAAACAAUGAAAUGGUUUUUGACUUUUAAGUUCAUCUCACUAUAAAAGAAGAAAUUCCAAAUGACCAAAAUCUUAUAUACAGUGGUACCUUGGUACUCGACUGUUUAAAACUCAUCAAAUUUCAUACUCAACUCAUUUUGACUCAAAAAUGUUGUCCUAGUAUAUUUGUUGUUUGUUUGGUACCUAAUGUGCUGUGAUGGAAAAGGGGGACAGCCACGGAGAAUGGACAGGAAGUUGGCCAUGCCAAGAAGGUCACUGCAAAAUGAACAGGGGGAUGGCCACAUACGUUGGACAGGAAAUCAGCAGUGCUGGGAAGUUCUUUUAGGCUGAAACAAAGGGUCAUGUGAUAAGUCACGUGGUUUGUUCAGGACUUGUCGUUUUUAGUUUUUGUCAUGCUUCCUGGAACCAAUACCAAAGUACAUGGGAAAGAAACGCUUAUACACAAUGAAGUAAAGGUAUUAUCUCUCAAGGUAGAAUUUGGGGUUUUUUUUUCUCUUCCAAAAGAAUAAUUUGAGUUUCUCAAAUCUUAAUAAAGAAGUUUUCAUAAAAUUUCAAGAUGAGAGGCCGACAAAAGUCAGGGUUAUAUUAUGUCACGGGCUAUUUAUAAGUAAAAUUUCAACACUCUCCUAAAGUUCCUCAACUGGAACUGAAAUAAUUUUACUAAGAAUAAUUUAAGUGUAUUAAUAGUGUGGUUUUUCAUCCUGGGAUACAAAGAAAGGAUUAGUAUUUCUAUGCUUUAACAUAAAAAUACACAAUGAAGUAAAGGUAUUAUCUCUCAAGGUAGAAUUCAUUUAUAAACUUCAUUCUAUGUAUAGAAUGAAGUUUAUAAAUGUUAGGGGAAAGAUUGACUUCAAUUAUUUAUGUUGCCAUAAAAUUCUCUUCACUCCAAGAACUACUCAUUUUACCCAUUUUUUAAAAAAUUCUUAUGACCAGUGAUGAUCUAGUUCAGGGGUGUCAAACUUGUGGCCCGUGGGCUCGAUGCGUCAUGCACUGGCCACGCCCACCUCCGGUUUAGCAAAGGGGGGGAAAGUUGUGAUACGUCGUGUGACGACAACGUGAUGGUGCAAGUUUGACACCCCUGAUCUAGUUGAACAAAAGGAUAUGCUCUUUUCUUAUACAAAACCAGUGGAACAGAAGCUGAGUAAUGAUAUCAGAGUUUUCACAGAUCUACCCAAAUCGAUAUCCUGCAUAGGAAAAAUACACUUUAAGUCUUGUUGGUUUUUAUGUCAAGAGAUAAUUCAACGAUGAGUACUUUUUAUAGUACUUCUCAUGAAUAGGGGGGGAAAAAUCUUGUGCCCUGCUUUAAAUUUUUUUGGAUAAAAUUAUAUGCAUGACAGGGAACCCCAAAUCUUUGUUGAAAAUCUAAGAAUGCUCAGAUGAGUGGGACACUUUAAAAUGGAGUUCAAAUGAAAUUAUCUUUAUACUUUGCCUGUCUGUCUUACAUUCUUUUUUUUUUCUAAGCCAAAAUGCAUUUAUAUGUCCCCUUCAAAUAAGAUAUUUCCAUCACAGGUCAUUGGAUGGUUCAAAGAACCCCAGGGAUCUUUUUUGCGUAUUUAAUUCAAAGAAAUGAUUGAAUAAUCUUAUUUCAGGUAAUAUCAGAGACCAUAAUUUAAGUUUGGCUUUUCCCCACUUAGUGCCCUCCAAAUGGUCUGAGCAACAUACUUUUUUGCUUAAUAUACCCGAAGGGCACCAGAUUGGGAGUCUAAGAUUUAAAUUAUAGGAAAUAGGAAAUUACAGGAAUAUGGACUUGAGUCAAUAUAUAUUGCAAAGAUAGCCAGCAUAUUAAUUUAAAACCCUCUCCCAAGGUUCAUAGAAGAGUUGCAAAACCAGAUAAAAGGGAUUUCCAGAUGCCAGUUAAUCAAUAGAUAGAGGCUUCAACAAAGAUCAUUCCUUAUUAAUGAAAUAUACCUUCUGUCUGGCCAACAAAUGAGUUAAUGAGUGUUCAUCACAUUAAACAUGUUCUUAGCUUUUGCUUUUUUUUUUAAAUAAAAAAAAAUUGCCAUCUCAUGUAGAAUUUUAACACGUGAAAACCUUAGCUGUUGAUUUUUUUAGCGUCAAGUUUUACACAGAUACUAAAUAGAGGACUGGCUUAACCAACUAAUUCAAACUGCAUAACCAGCAAGGAGUCAUUACAAAGUUACCUGUAGAAUACCUAUGUUAUUUGAAGCUGUAAGAAAACAGUUUUCUAAUCAUUAUUUACUGGGGCUUUCUCUGGAAGCCUGUAAAUAAAUGAGACUUCCACAAAAUAAAUUCCUGUUUAGUUGCAACUAUUCUGAGGUGGCAACAUUCUGUUUUGUGCAGGCAGAAUAACUCCUAUUUCACCCAUAAACGAUUGAUUUCCAUUCUAAAAUGAUUGCUCUCCUUAUGCUCAGUUUUGAUGUGCAGGUAGUCCUCGGCUUAUGACCACAAUUGACCCCAUCAUUUAUGUUGCAAAGUGAGACAUUUGUUAAGUGAGUUUCACCCCAUUUUUAUGACCUUUCUUGCCGCACUUGUUAAGUGAUUCACUGCCGUUGUUAAUUUAGUAACAUGGUCAUUAAGUGAAUGGUGUUUUUUUCAGUGCCAUUGUAACUUUGAACGGUCACUAAAUGAAUUGUUGUAAGUUGAGGACUACCUGUAUGGGUAUGACCUUGGGAGAUAGGAGGUAGAAGCACAGCCUAAAAAACCUCAAUUCAAAAGGUAACUCAGCCUACAAAAAUGAAAAGGUGUAUGGGAUGUAUCUCAGAAAGGAUCUUCCUAGUUUUCCGGACAGUAAAACAGGUGAGAAAUUCUUUCAGACUAGCAAGAUUCUCUUACUAUAGCCUUACAAUCAGGGGUGAAAUCCAGCAGGUUCUGACAGGUUCUGGAGAACUGGUAGCGGAAAUUUUGAGCAGUUUGGAGAACUGGUAGCAAAAAUUUUGAGUAGUUUGGAGAACCAGCAAAUACCACCUCUGGCUGGCCCCAGAGUGGGGUGGGAAUAGAGAUUUUGCAGUAUCUUUCCCCUGCAAUGCCUGCCAAGCCAUGCCCACCAAGCCAAACCAAGCCCACCAAGCCACGCCCACAGAACCGGUAGUAAAAAAAAAUGGAUUUCACCACUGCUUACAAUAAAUGGUUACAAUUCUCAUGGUUUGUGCUUCUUGUCUGGACCAGAUCAAAGAACUGACAAGAUGUUCGUAAAAUCUUGUUGAUCCUUUCCUAGCAGAUCUAAAUUUCCCUGCAGAGGAAAAAGUUGUUAUUCAUUGGAAGAUGUAGAACGAAUGUCUUACCAUAAAGUUGGAGUGACCAAGUAUAGCAACUGUUUUUUUACUAAAAGUCUUUAGUCUUUUCAAUAAGUAAAAUAAAAAACAAUAUUGUCUAAUCCCACUAAUCCCUAAUUUCUAACCAUGGACAAAGAGUAAAAGAUUCCUGGAUCAAACACUAUCCUAAUGCUAUCUUCUCCUCUUUAAUGCCAAACCAAUUCAAGCCUCUGCAGAAAACCUCUUUGAAAAUCACCCAAGAAUAGCUCCCCCACCAAUGUUUUAAUUUCUGAAAUGGAGCCUCAGACAGUUCUCUUCUGUGAGAAGGCUCCUAUAAUAUUUGAUAAUAUUAAAUCAUUGCAUCUCCAUUACUACUACAUAGUGUGUAUGUGACUAGGAAACAGAGGAGCUAAGAAACAUUAGUGCAUUUUGUACUUAAGCAAGCAAUUUUCAACAGCUUGCAUAAAGAAAUGAUGACAUCUAACAAAGCCUGGUGAAUCAGG